GAGGAAUUUCAAUGGCAACCUCCAUCUGAGGCUGAGAUGAAAAUUUUGGAGGCCAGACGUGAGAGGUCAGAUAGGAUCAGUAAACUUAUGGGGGACUAUCUACUGAAGGGCUACAAAAUGCUGGGGAAUGUCUGUGAAGUCUGUGAUACAAUACUCUUAGAAGACAAACAAGCACAGAAGUAUUGUAUAGCCUGCAGGGAAUUAGAUACAGACACUUGCAAAGAUGACCCAGUUGUGAGCUCCACUGCAGCCAGGUCUCUGACUGAAGAGAGACAAGGAAUGACCCAGACAAUUGGACUCGCAAGUCAGUCCAGUGUAAGAAAUCCCACAGUCCAGGGACAACAGCAUAUUCUUCCCCACACCACAGAUUCUAGGUUAGAUCUGUAUGAAACAGGAGCUCAGAACCUCCAAAAAUUAAGUGGUGGAUCUCAGAGUGUGGGGGCCCACCAUAUUUCUGCAUGUAAUUCUGCUGUGGACAGUCUGUGUGAUAAAAUUAAAUGGGCAAGUGAAGAAUUAAAACAUUCAUCUGGAGUGGAAUAUAGCAUUCAGUUGUGUAAUCUUAUUAAGGCUAGUGCAGAUGCUCUACAGAGUUUAAAGUCUCUUAAUUAAUGAGUAAAAGAUAUUAUAGCAAUUUUUUUCUUAAAUAAUAACAAUAUGGCACUUUGUUACAUUAACUGAAAAUUUAUGUGACUUUCAAUUUCUAAAGACUUGUGAAAAAAUCCUGAUUCUGAAAUAUAAUGAAAUAAAAAGAAAGGACUUAAUAUGAA